CUAGACGACCCCGACAACACUUAGACUGACAGCGACCAUCCCCCUCUGUCGACUGUACUAGAAUCGCACACAUCGUCUGCCUCACACUUGCUUGUUCGUCUGUAUACUGGCACUGGACAGUGACGGUUGACGACGACGACGACAACUUUGGUCGACAGCGUGCUCACCUGAACGCAUGCACACAUCGUAGAAGGAUCACACUCCACCACCCUUCGUUCUCUAACCAGGUUGUACGACGUCCACGACACCCCUCCGGUGACACACGCACCAACACCCAUGGACCCCUCUCCCACAACAUCGCGCAAGCACUCUGUCCCUACCUCCCCCGCCGCGCCCGUCAACCCCUUCUGGCCGCUCGCCGACCCCAGCCACCCCCUCGCCAACCCUGCCGCCGCGGCGCUCGCCCUAGCACAAGUUCGCCAGCAGUUCGGCGACACCGUCGAUCUCCAAGCUGCCCUCUCUGCUCUCCCUUUACUCCAGAGCUUGCAGAUGAGCUCAGGGGCAGCGGCGGGUCCUCCUGAUGCAGGAUUGGGAUAUCUUUGGGGCUCACAACAGUUCACCCUCCCCACACCCCCGCACAGCCUCCCUACAUCCAGCACCAUGCCCGCAGCGCUGGACAUGUCCUCUCUCCCCCAUCCCGUGCCCAGCAGUGGCAGCAGUCACAAGAAGAAGCCCCAUCCGGCAGGGGAAAGGACGCGGUAUGCGCCUAUCCAGCCUAAGCCCGUGAGACCGAAGAUGGCGAGCACGACCACCACUCCGCCAAGCACGACGAGCGGGUCUGGUGCUUCACGUCCCGCGAGCCCGAAGCUGUCUAGGAGCAAGCAUUCCGUGCCUUCUACUCCUGCAGACAGCUCCCCGGCUAGCACAGUGCCAACACAACAGCCUCUCCCUCUGCCCCCUAUCAACCUUCCAAGGAGCGCGACCCAACCACCACAGCUUAGCAUGCCCCCUCCCGGACCAAUGUCCGCCCUCAGCCCUAUAGCACAGUACUCCCACCAACUGCAGAUGGCUAUGCGUCUCGGCGCCCAGUUGGCGCAACGGGGCAUGGCAGGCCUACCCGGUCCUCUAGCGAUGCCCCUACUCGAACAGUGGAACGAAGCAAACACAAGCUGGGCCGCUGCUCUGGGCAUGCAUUUCCCCCUACCCUCUUCAGCACCCACAACUUUCCCCGGGAUGGUCCCAACUCAACCUAUGCAGGCUUUCCCUCAAACAGUGCCUCAGGCUCAGAACCCGACUUUCCAGCCCGAUUUUGGGCGUUCCCCGAGCUUGGAAGAGCUUGUCAACCCCGAGUUUUUCAGGCGGAGUCAGACGCGGGACUUGGACUUGGGUGAGCCUUUUUCGCCCUUUUUGGGGUUUGGGGAGUCCCCCCCUCCGACGGGGACGACGGACCGGUCUGUGGACUUUGACGCUUUCCCCUCGUUUGAGGAGAUGCGCUCUCCCUCUGAGCUUCAGUCGCCUUCUGAACUGAAGGAAGUGAAGGAGAAUGGGAGACCGAGCGGUAGAGGCGCGCUCAGCCUGAGCUUUGACGAUAUGUUCACGCUUGGAGAGUCGGAUACGGACAACCCGGUGGACGACCCGCUUGCUACGAGGGUGUGGAAGCUGUAUGCCAAGGAGAAGGGGAACAUCAAGCAUGCCCAGAGGAUGGAGAACCUUACUUGGAGGAUGAUGGCGCUCAAGUUGAAGAGGAAGGAGGAGAUGGACAGGCAGGCGGCGGCGGAGGGUGAGCCUUCCAGUCCGCAGAUAAGCGCUGGGAUGCCGAUGGGUAUGGGGUUGGGGAUGCAGAUGGGUAUGGGUAAGAUGAGCGCCGGUGUCCCCCCCGGAGGUAGUGCGAACAGGAAGGGUAAGACUAGGCAAGUCGAUAUCGACCUUGGGGUAGGGAGCGAUAAGCCCCCUAGAGCAGGCACGGCCGUAGGCGUAGGUGCACCACCCUCUGGGUCAAAGGGUGUUGUUUCUGGGGUUCGCGUACUGCCCAGCGUGACAGGGAAGCUGUCAGAAGACGCCAGCACGCUUCCUUCCUCUUCUGCUUCUUCGAACCAGGCCGGCGCUGGCACCGGUGCUGGGACGGGCAUUGGUGCAAUUGGAAAGGGGACUGGGCCUGCGAGUUUCGGGGCUUUGGCCCGGAAGACGGUUGAUUGGGGCGACCCUCUUGAGCGCGGGCGCAGUGUGGUCAAAGGUAACCCGCGCAAGAAGGUCGUUGGUUUCGGCGUUGAGGGUGAGGACGCCUCUCCCGACGACGACGAUAAGAUGGACUGGCGCUCUAUUAGUCGCUCCCGCUCACGCGUGCCAAUGGAUAUCGACUUCCGCGCUGCCAGCCGUUCGCGCUCUCGUCCUCCCAACCCUAUGUACCCCUACGAUCCGUACACGCACCCCGAGGCUCACUCUCACAACCUCCUCUCCCAGGCUGAGGGCCUCUUCCCUUCCUCAUCAUCGUUCGACCACCACUCCUCUCCAGUAGAACCAUCCUCCUCCCACUGGCGCCCUAUCCCCGGUUCCGUCGCCGCUAAAUCCGACAACAACUCGGCCAAGCCUGCCAGCAUCCCCAUCCCCGGUUCCGCAUCAGCAGGGCGCGAUUCCCUCGCUCGCUUGCAGCAGGAAGCUGCCCAGGAAUUCGGGUUUGACAACCACGCUCUCGUCCCCCCUUCGACUGAUAACGAACUCUCCCAACACCACAGCAGGAUGAUAUCCAUGCCCGCCUCGGCGCAGCACGUUUUCCCCAGUCUCCCGCCCGUCAUCCAGCCAGGCUCUCUGCCAGCGUUCGGUAUCUACCCUCCCUCGAGUUGGGGAGGCACCCAACCUGGCCCCAACCGCAAACAGCCUUCUUUCCCCCGUGUCGUCCGCAAGACGAGCUUUGAUCAUACCGUGCCCAAAACGGGCAUAUUUGAUGUUCAGGGGCGUCAUCAGGUGAAUGGCCGGCCAGAAUCUCCCAAGACAACUCUCGGCAAACGCCGGGCGGACCCGACGCCGAUCGAGGCUGAAUUCAGGGGCGACAACAUCGAACAGCCCUCUGCGGCAUCUCUCCAGCCUGAAGACCUCAUGAUCUCGAGCUCGUUCGAUUUCCACGUUCCAAACCCAUACGAGGGAAUGUUUGACAUGCACGCCGCGGACCUUAUGUCACCCGUCACGCCAACAGAUAUGCAAUCGCACGCCUUGCGCACGUCAUUUAGCGCCCCGGUGUCGUAUACUUCGUCACCUUCUACCGGAUUCGUCCCGCUUCCGACCACGCUCGAGCAUAUUGAUGUCGGCAGCGCUUCUACCGCGACCAACGCCCUUAUUGACGGUGUUGCGCGCAUGACGACCGCCUCGGCAUCCCCGAUCUCGCCCGUCCAUCCGUCACCUUUCCACGCCGGUAUGACGGGCUUCACCAGCGAGCAGCAGGGGAUGUUGUCCCUCUUCUAUCCCGGGGUGGGCAUGGAAGAUCCUUCCCAGACACAUUACACGCAUGUCGACCCAACUCAGAUCCUUGCCAACCACUCCCCGGUCGCUUACAGCGGUAGCGUGGGCAGCAGUGGAGGAGCUUACCAGACCAGCCCGCCAAGUGACGGUUGGGGAACAGGCCUCAACACUACUUCCACCCCUUCCCCCGAACCAGUUGGGUCGUACUCAUCUUCCGUCCCUGCGCCUAGCCGUCUAGCUCAAGCGCUGGGUAAGGCAGCCCACCGCGCUGGAGUGCAAGUCCAAACUCGCAAGAUCGCCAGCUCGAAACGUGUCGUCGAGGCGGUCGGGUCGACCAGCAAGUCCUCGCAAAAGAAACCCGGUGCGCCGUUCGUAGCGCCUAAGAAGUCGAGCUCUGCCGAACCGGCCAAGAGCCCCGCUUCGGCCGUGACGACGGGAUCGAGUGCGGGCGACGAUGGUGAUGGGCUGCCGACGGUCUGCACCAAUUGUCAGACGACGAACACCCCGCUCUGGAGGAGAGAUGCGGAGGGGAACCCGCUGUGUAACGCUUGUGGCUUGUUCUUCAAGCUGCACGGGGUUGUUAGGCCCUUGUCUCUCAAGACGGAUGUUAUCAAGAAGAGGAAUCGCACUUCUGGCCAACCGGGUGGGUCUGCUACACGGAAAGCAGGCUCCAGCAACGCACCUGGCGCGGUUCGAAUCGCCUCUUCUCAUGCAAAGCGGAGCAGUCUCCCUGGUUCGCUCUCCGCCAGUCUUGGCUCCAGCAGCGCCAGGACACUCGCUCCCAAUAAGCCGGGCAGCGCUAAUACCGGUGGAAUGUCUAUGAAGCGCCAGAGGAGAUCUUCCGAUGCGAACCUCCUCGGCUGAAAGCUGAAAUCACGAGUGUAUCAUGUCCGGAAUCGGAAUGGUGUACCAAGUAUCCUCCCCUCCUUCUGAUUUGCUUGGUUUUCCGGGUUGAACUUUCUGUGUAGUUGUGGGAGACAAUUCUAGACGUCCGAAUAUUGUUGUUGACGUGUAUUUGUGUCCCCUUUCCCUAAUGCUCGCUCACAAACGCACUGGGCAUGUUAUGACUGUGAUGCCCCUUAUAGAGGUUUAUUUCUAGCUGCGAAUCUGACUCACCUUACUACUUCCUGUCUACUCUUUUUCAUUGUGUAUCAACAUGACAUACCAGAUACUUAGUUCUUUGCGUUC